GUCUCCCUGACUCGGUUGCAGCGCGAGAGACGAGAUGGAUAGUCUCUGAACAUUUGCGAUCAAUCCAGUGGUAGAUUAUGAUGGUUGAGAGCUAUCAAAAACAACACAGUUGUGAAUUCAUUAUAAUGUGCCAGUUUAAACGUGUGUACCUUACCUCAAGGAGAUAAAACUUAGCAAAUGUUUUAUUACCCGAAUGGAUAUGGAAUGGUCAUGAAGAGCGCACAAAGGAGUCGCAUUGAUUGAUUCAUCGGAUCUUGAAUUCUCUCUUCAGAAAUCAAGCCUACAGUUUGGGAUGUUGGCUGCUGGCUCUGGCAGACAAUAACCUUCCAUGAGUUUUAAAGAGAGGACAGGAGACCCCCUUCAUUUGAUCAGCAACAGCAGUACCAGGAGAAGAACACAUUCAGCUGAGACCUUGAAAGAGAACACUACUGAAGGCCAGACUGUGGUGCUACAGUACCUGUUGUGCCUACAGCAACAUUUGGAGCAGCCAUGAUGGAUAAACCCUCUACUGCUCCUCCACACACCUCCCAUCCCACAAUAGAUGUGCCUUGACGGCCCCAGUCCCUCCCCUCUGACAUCUGCAUCCCCUCUCCACAGCCCUGUUCCAUCCUGUCUACAUAAUGUCUCGUACAGACUACAAAAAUGGUGCCAUUUCUCAAACGCACUACACAUACGGCCAACUCUGCCCCAUAGAAGUUAAGAACUACAGGAAAAGACCCACAAUGCCUUGUUUGGACAAUGUGGAUGACAGUCACAUAAUCCUGCCCAGUGUCCUGGAGGUGAGGCGGGUUCCUCUGUGGCCAUUGGGCCCCCUGAGGAGUGUCACAAAGGUCAAGGUUAUCAGCUACCUGCUCGGACUGACAUUGACCUUCCUCAUUAUGGCUUCUUACGUCUUGACCUUGGAUAAAAAGGGUCUGAUGCUGACACCGCCACCGUUCCACCUCAGUACUAUAGUCAACCCCAGCAGCACCAUCUCCCCUAACCUGUCCUCUACCAAGGACUAUGUCAAUAUUAACCUCCUGGUGAAGUGCAUUACAGCUAAGCUUGAGUUCAGCCCAAGGAAGCUGCCUCUUCUGAAGGAUGUUGUCAAUAGUGACUCUCAUUUGUUUUCCAUUAUUCCUCGUCAGUUCCUCCCCAAUAUCAAGAGUCCAUGCUGGUAUGAGGAGCUCUCUGGGAAAACCAAAGUGGAUCCUUACAGGAAAAACUUGUAUGCAGUUCGCUCCAAGACCUUCCGGACGGUCCGUGACUACCUGAGGAAUCAUUUCCAGGAACACUUGUCCCACAGCGUCGACGACAAGCAAUACCGCCUGCGCUGUCUGCCAUAUUUCUACAUCAUUGGCCAGCCCAAAUGUGGCACAACGGACCUGUUUCACCGACUGCUGCUACACCCGGAGGUCAAGUUCACCACCAUGAAAGAGCCCCACUGGUGGACAAGGAAAAGGUUUGGUAUCAUCCAUCUUAAAGACGGCCUCCUGGAGCGCUUCCCUGUGGAGGACUACCUGGACCUUUUUGACCUGGCUGCCUACCACAUCCAGCAGGGAAUACUGGGAAAUAAUUCUGGAGAUGACAGCCAGCGACACAUCAUCACAGGUGAAGCAAGCGCAUCCACAAUGUGGGACAACCAAGCCUGGAGCUAUCUCUAUGACAACCGGGUGGAUGGGGAGCCUCCUUUCCUGGCCCAGGACUUCAUCCACACUGUUCAGCCCAACGCUAAAAUCAUCGUCAUGCUCAGAGAUCCUGUAGAGAGGUUGUAUUCAGACUAUCUGUACUUCAACAUGGCUAACAAGUCAGUGGAGGACUUUGACCAGAGGGUCUCAGAAUCCUUACAGCUGUUUGAGGCUUGUUUAGCAGAGAGCUCCAUGCGUUCCUGUGUCUACAAUACCAGACUUUCCAAUGCCAUGCCGCCUGGUGAGUCCGGUGCCUGCUCCCAGAGCCAGACCUCCUGUGUGUCUCUCCACUCCAGUGAUGAUCCAUGGCACGAAGCCUCCAGUGAUGAUCCAUGGCACGAAGCCUCCAGUGAUGAUCCAUGACACAAAGCCUCCAGUGAUGAUCCAUGACACGAAGCCUCCAGUGAUGAUCCAUGACACAAAGCCUCCAGUGAUGAUCCAUGACACGAAGCCUCCAGUGAUGAUCCAUGGCACAAAGCCUCCAGUUAUGAUCCAUGGCACGAAGCCUCCAGUGAUGAUCCAUGGCACGAAGCCUCCAGUGAUGAUCCAUGGCAAGAAGCCUCGAGUGAUGUUCCAUGGCACAAAGCCUCCAGCGACGGCCUUCAGUCCGGAGCCUCGAGCGACGGUCUCCAGUCCGGAGCCUCCAGCGAUGGCCUCCAUUAUUCUGUUUAUUGUGUCACUAUCUUUGGUGGAUAGUGUAUUGUCUAGAUGGGAAGUAAUGUGCAAGAGCAAGAAGAAACACUCAUUUUGACCGCAUUUAUUGAAAGAGCAUUAUCCCACAAGGCACAGAGGGCAGUUCAGUGUCUAGUUUUGAUUUACGCUUGGUUGAGUUGUCAGAUAACCUGAAUUCAAUGUGAAAUCAACAAAAAAUGUCAGUAUGUCAUUGGAGUUGGGUUAAAAUGUGGGUGAAAAAAGAGUUAAAUCCCCAUUAUGUUGAUGACUUUUUACAAAUCCUUGUUGAUUCAGCAUCAUCACAUUUUUUGUGUUUUGUUGAAAUGACAUGGGAACACUGUGGAUUUAAACAGUUUUUGCCCAGUGGCAUGUCAUCAAAGUGCAUACAAAGUUAUUCAGAAAUGGCUUUGUCUAUGCCAAAUUGUGAUACAGUUUCCAUGUCUUAGCUAGAUUGAUUCCAUGCCAACUUGUGAUCCAUAACUCAGGCCUUUAUUUUCCAUGUCUAAUGGGAUAUUUUAUUAAAAUCACGGCUACUUCCUUGAGGCUGGUGAAAAUGUGUUGUGACAUAUGCCAGUGAUUUGAUUAGUGAGGAACUGUGAAGUUUCCUUUCAGAACUGAUUGAACUGAAAUGCACUUACUGGAAGUUAUUUAGGAAGUAGUCUCUAGAAAUAUUGUCAUUUAUUUUCAGAAAAUACAUUUUCUUGCUGUUUUAACUAUUUUACUACAUUGACAUUGGCUCAGUUUUAUACAGGUAUGUGUGCUUGGUUUAGUUUAUGAUGAUCCCCAUUAGCUGUUGCACAUGCAGCAGCUACCCUUCCUUGGGUCCAUAAGCUUUAAUGCUGUAAACAUUUCCUUAUUGGACAGAGAUCAGCAAAGCUAAGUAAAGGCUUGCCAAAUGCCCUCUGUAAAUUGUAAACCGUCCAGAUGCUGUAAUGUACCGAGCAGCAUUUCCACGGGGUUGAGCUGAGUUAGCUCUGUCUGUACCCUCAUCACACAGUAGCAUACCAGGUUGGCUGCAACUGUCACAGCCUGGGGCACAGCUAGUUUACAUAGGAAAAGCACAAAUCACGAUACCCACAGCCAGAGAUAAACACUACUGUUCACACAGUUCUACAUACCUCUCAACCUGAUUUGUGGUAGUAAUGUUAUUAUAUUGGUGCCAACAUGGUGUUCAGAGGAGUACCUUUGGACAUCCGUGUGUACCUAUUAAGGUAAAUAAAUAUGAACAAAGUAUAAGUUAUUUGACAUACAGCAGCGUCAUGAAUGUCGACCUAAAGUAGCUCCCUGUUUACAUUUGACUUCUGAAUCCAUGCUGUUGAGCUUAUGAUCGUUUAAAAAAUAGUCCCUCCUCUCUCUCUCUGCUGUAUCUACAGAAGUAUAAGUACUUUUGUCGGUUGGUCUCCAGCACUCUCUGCAGGUAAGCUUGGGUACGAGUCAUGCUGUAACUCUUUAUCACCAGUAUUCUUAUAGCAUGUACCUUGUUCUCCACCUUAACAAUGAAGCCUUGGUAGAAUAGUUAUGUAAAUGUGAUGAUAGUCUAAUGUUCAGUGUUUGUUGUGGUCCU